UUCAUGUUCGCUCUGUAAACCCCAGCUUCCAGGAAAAAGUGAACGUUUAUUUUAACGGGUUUUAACGAUUAAAAAUCCAUUGAAAACAGAACAAAUAACAACAAAACAAGCAAAAAAAAUCUCUUAAAAACAAAAACCACUAAACAAGAACAAUAUCUGUACAAAAACAAACGUACUAACCCCAAACAAAAAUAUCACCCCAAACAACAAAAAUCUGUAAAACAAACAACGGAAAAAGCAGCAUGACAAAUCUGUAGAGAAAAAGGAUAGAUUUUAAAAAGUCUGUACAGUCAAAAACAAAAAUUAUGUAUUUAUUUAUUUUUUAACAUGUUGGCUAGGUCAAAUCAAAAACACUUUUUACUAUUAUUUUUACAAUAUCUGACAGUAAAAUAGCACACAUUUAUGAAUUCAAAUCGACAAAAAAUUAUAGUAAUUAAAAAAAAAAAGUUGCCAUUAUUUGGAAGAGGAGUUGUGCAUAUUGAGGACUGAAAGAUGGUACAUUAUUUUUAAACUUAUUGAUGGGAGAUGUUUAAUCUUUUGAUAAUAUAAUAUACAAGGAAGGCAAGGCAAGGCAAGGCAAAUUUAUUUAUAUAGCACAUUUCAACAACGAGGCGAUUCAAAGUGCUUUACAAAGACAUUAAGAACAGAGGAUGACGAUUAUUAAAAGAAAAACAAAAGAAAACAUUUAUGAAAUCAUUAAAAAAAAUUGGAACGUACCUAAAGUUGCUCUUUUUUCAUCUCUUAGUAAAAUGCUGAAUCCUGAAUCUUGCUGACCUUUCCUCUCUGAACCACUUCUACUUCAGUUAGUCUGAUUAUAGUUGUAAAGUUUCCCACAGCACCUGACCGCAGCAGCAGCUCGGUUUCUACAGUAACGGCUGACAACAGAGAAGAUGGUUCACAUAACGGAGGAUCUGAUUCGCCGUCGUGCCGAACACAAUGACUGUGAGAUCUUCUCUCUGGAGGAAGUUUCUCUUCAUCAGCAGGACAUCGAGAGGAUCGAACACAUUGACCGCUGGUGCAGAGACCUGAAGAUCCUCUACCUGCAGAACAACCUCAUCCCCAGGAUAGAGAACGUCAGCCGCUUGAAGAACCUGGAGUAUCUGAAUCUGGCCUUGAACAACAUUGAAGUCAUUGAAAACCUGGAAGGCUGUGAGAGCCUCCAGAAGUUGGACCUGACGGUGAACUUCGUCGGUUGUCUGAGCAGCGUUGAGUCUCUGAGACACAAUGUCCACCUGACGGAACUUUUCCUGGUGGGGAAUCCCUGCACUGAGUUCCAGGGCUACCGGCAGUAUGUGGUGGCAGCUCUGCCUCAGCUGAAGUGGCUGGACGGGACGGAGAUCAGCCGGUCGGAGAGGAUUCGAGCCUCUCAGGGUCUGGAGGAGGUGAGGAUUCUGGUCGGCGAGCAGGAGGAGGAAUAUCUGAGGAGGAGAGUCCAGGAGAAGGAGGAAGCAGAGAGGAAGGCGGCAGGAAGCGAGAAGAAGAACCAGGAGAGGAAACCAGGCUUCGACCGCUGCUGGUACACCGACAUCACCAACACGACUCCAGGUUUGGAGGAGAACCAGGAGAACCCAGAGAGAGACGAGGAAGAAGAAGAGCGAGAGUUCUGGGGAACUCCGUGUCCGUUCACCCCUGAAUCUCGUCUGGAGGCUCAUCGACACCUGGAGCAGAAGAGGAAGGAGAAGGAGAUGAAGACGGAGAAGAAGCCGAAGGCGGCGAGGACGUUGAUCACCGCCGACGGACGAGUCCUGAACGUCAACGAGCCAAAGCUGGAUUUCUGUCUAACUGAAGAUGAUGAGGCCAGCGUGAUUAUCUUGGACCUGGCAGUGUUCAGACACCUGGACACCUCCCUGAUCGACGUGGACGUUCAGCCGACGUACGUCCGAGUCGCAGUCAAAGGCAAGAUAUUUCAGAUGGUGCUGCCGGCCGAAGUGAAGCCCGACAGCUCGACGGCUCGGAGGUCCCAAACCACCGGACACCUGGUCCUGACGCUGCCGCUGGCCCAAGGUGAAAUCAAAGUGGUAAAGAUCAUCCAACGUCCGCCCAGAAACAGUGGAAACAGACGCUGCAGCUCGCCGCAGGACAAUAAAAGGAAUAAAAACGAUCUUCCUGAGAGGCUGGAGGUUGAUCCCAGUAAACGAACAUCCUUCGACAUCGCCAACAUCGUUCAACGGCGAAGCACCAAAGAAGGUCCGCUGGAAGUAAACAGGACGACUCCACCUGAAGCCGAUCAUUUGUCUGAAGGUUUCAUAGACGAUCCAGACGUUCCACCGCUCAUAUAAGACGAUAAGGAUCCUUUAAGCACCAGCAGCACACAGACUUUAAUUAAAACAUGAUGUUUAUGGAGGUAAAACACUCAAGCCAACAGACUGUACAGAUAAUAGCAACCACUUACAUGAUACAACAAGACUUUUAGAAAUAAUCACAACUUUACAGAACUUUUCCUUUCAAACCCAGCAUUUAGUUCCCACAAACUUCCUUCAGAUGGAAAAUCAUCCAGAUGAAAACUGUGAAUCAAACACCGUAGAUGUCAUCGCUAAAGUUCAGGUAAAUGUUGGUUCUGCUCUUCUUACAUCAUUUCACAUGUUAAAAAUAAAAUAUCCAGAGCAACACCCAAAGCUGUUGAAGUGUUCUCGGGACUGGUUUAUGUUUGGUUCCGGUCUUCAUUCUCCUGAUUCUGGAUGUGGUUUAGAGUUGGUUUAGGAUUUAUUUAGAAUUGAUUUUGCUCUGGAUCUGGUCCUGAAUGAGAACUGGUUUCAGACUGUGCUCUGACUGGUUCUAAAUAUUUUUUGGACUGGUUUAAGGUUUGACUUUGGUCCUGGUUUUAGACCUUUUAAUGACUAGUUUAGGACUGGUUUCAGACUGUAUGUUGGACUGGUUUUGAACUUUCUUGGGACUGGUUUAUGUUUGGUUUCAGUCUUGGUUCUGGGUGUGAUUUAAAGCUGGUUUAGGAUUUAUUUUACUCUGGCUCUGGUCCUGGAUGAGGACUGGUUUCAGACUUACUUGGAUUUUUUUAGGAGUAGUUUAGGUUUGGUUUUGUCAUGAUUUUGAACUGUUUUUUGACUUUUCUGGGACUGGUUUCUGGUUCUGAACAUUUUUUGGGCUGGUAUAGGUUUGAUUUUGGUCCCGGUUUUAGACCUUUUUCAGACUGUCUAGUGUGGUUCAUAGACUUUUUUUUUAAUCCCAAGAACACCAAACCUACCAUCAAGCAUGGUGGUGGCAGUAUCGUGCUCUGUGGAACUGCAGUUUUCCACAAAGUAAAUGGAAUAAUGAAGAAGAAGGAUCACCUCCACGUUCUUCAGGAGAACCUAAAACCAUCAGCAGAAGGUUGAUCUUGGACACCGUUGGAUGGACAGUGUUAGGAGUGAUGGAGGCUGCUGUGGUAGAAAGAGACGACUGGAAAAUGAAACGGAAAGACCAGAUCAUCAAAGGAGCGUUCAUCAGAAGCAUGUGGUGGAAUUUUUAUCAGAACUUGGUCCUCAGGCUGCUUUGACAUGGAGGUGAAUCAGCCGUUACAUGAAGUCUUGGUUGCUGUUGACUCACUGAAGCUUCUGACUGGACUUUGACGAUAUCCAUGAUUACAUCUUAGCUGGAUUCAGUCUGAGAAUCUACAGCAUCACACUGACCAGUUCAAACCUAAUUUCCCAACGAUGUAGAUGUGUUAAAUUGAGGGAAAUUAAAGAUGUCUUGAGGUACAAUUAAACUGUGGAUCUCUGAAACUGGAUGUAACACCAGUUACGAUUCAGCUGCAGAUAUCUGAAGCUAAUUAUCUGACGUGGGAAACACAGGGAUUAUCCAGAAGGAAUGACAUAAUCGAUGCCUGAAAUAUUCUCUUUUUAACUAUUUAAAUCACAGAAAUCUGCAGUAGAAUCCAGUGUAGCUGGAAGUGAAGUUGAUUUCCAACAAAGUUUCUUGUGCAGAUGUUGGUGCAGCAGCAGGAAGCGUAAAAUCGAUGAUCUGAGCUGAGUUCUGCUGCUCCUGCUGCUCUUCGCCCUGCUGUGUUUUCUGUUUUCUUGUGAAGCUCUGAGACAGAAACUCUGCCAGCCUUCUUCGGGCCCAGAGGACGGCGGUCCAAACACAUUCUGAGGCGCCUCCAAACUCGGCUGAAGUCUCAGGGGUCCAAGUUGUCACCUCGAGAAGCUCUGAGGUCACGACUCCACAGCAGCAGAGGAAUCAUGUUUCCCUCAACAGCCUCGAAGUUCUUUUAUUGUCCAGCUUCUAUAUUUGGGCUCCUGCCGCCCGGGAGAUUCCUACAUUUGUGAUUGUUGCAGGAAAAACAGCAGAAAGUACAGAAAUACUGAAAUCUAAUCCUCUAACUGAGAUUUAAAUAAAGACUUUCAUGUAAAAUCUG